AUGCUUCCCCAGAAGAAUGGACCGUCCCUCCAGUCUCCACUCAGACUCCUCAGUGUUUUGGUUUUUCACCUUCUGCUCACACACUCUUGUAGAGGUCAGUUUCAGUUAUUUGGUCCAUCUCAGCCAAUAGUGGCAAACGUUGGUGAUGACAUCAUUAUGCCAUGUUACCUGAAGCCUGUGAAGGAUGUUUCUGCCAUGACGCUGGAGUGGAUGAGACCGGACCUGAAUCCUGAAUUUGUCAAUGUGCAGCGUAAUGGCGAGGAUCUAAUUUCUGCUAGAAAUCCAUCUUUCAAAGGAAGAACUUCUCUGUUCACUGGUGAACUGAAGAAGGGAAACAUGUCACUGAAACUCUCCAAAGUGAAACCGUCUGAUGCGGGGAGAUACACAUGCUUCAUUCCAAAACUGAAUAAAGCAUCAGUCAUGGAGCUUGUUGUUGGUGCCGUCUCCUCGCCUGUCAUUAAUUUAGCAGGAAUUGACAUCAACAGAGCAGGAGCUGUGUUACAGUGUGAGUCUUCUGGCUGGUAUCCAGAGCCUGAGGUGUUGUGGCUGGACGGUGAGGGAAAGCUCCUCUCUGCUGGACCUACAGAGACAGUCAGAGGUCCUGAUGACCUCUAUACUGUCAGCAGCAGAGUGACUGUGGAGAAGAGACACAGCAACAGCUUCACCUGUAGAGUCCACCAGAAGGACACCAACCACACCACAGAGACACACAUGCAUAUCUUGGAUGAUUUCUUUAAAGCCCAGUCCAGUUCUGCUUCCGCCAUUAUUGGUCUGGCUGUUAGUCUGGCUGUUAGUCUGGCUGUUUGCAUCCUGCUUUUUCUGUUACUCUUCUUUUUUGUGUCCAAACAGAGACGAAAGAAUAACAAGAACAAAGGAAGCCAAGGUGAUGAAACUGAUAACAGAGAAAAGAAGAACCGCACUAACAGAAGUGGAGAUCAGUCCGUCACUGAGUCCUCCUUGAAUCCCUUCAAGCGGUUACGGGAUAAGCAGAGGAGAAAGGAAGUGGAGUCCAUAAAUAAACAGAAGUUCAAGGAGGAGAAGCGCAAAAAGGAGGAUACUGAGAAAACAGUGGAGACCCUACAGGAGGAGCAGUGGCCCAAGGAUGCAAGUAUUUUUAAAGAUGAGCACCACAGCAGCGCCAGUCAGAGUUUAACCACAAGACCUGUUGAGGUUGAGGUCAACGAAUAUUACAAAUAUAUCCGUCUCAGAAACACAUCUACUCAGGGACAAGAGCUGGGAGGCUGGAAGUUACGUGUCCAGUUUGAAAACAAGGAAACCAUCACCUACACAUUUAAGAAGUCAUUCAAACUUAAAGCAGGAAAAACUGUCACUAUGAGGAGUCGGUUUACCCGUUUUUUUUCUUCUGAGCUGAUGUGGGAGGAAUUGAAACUCUGGAGUGAUGAUAAUAAACUGCUGCAGGUCACACUCUUCUGUGAAUCUGGAAUCUUCUAAAAUCAACUCUGUCAAACCUAAUUUCAUCCUUUUUAUAAGAUUAUCUUAUCCUCUCAACUACAUAACUACAUAAUUAUUUCCACAUAUUUUAAUUGUUUAAAACUGUGAAGCAGUUGAUGUUAAAUAUAAUUCUGAAAUGAAAAAUAUUGAACUGCCAUCAAGAUAAAGGAUACAAUAAAUGAAAGUCUGAAUUAAAAAGUGAGCUAACGUGACUCAGGAACUUUUUUCAUGAAAAUUUUUUUUUUUUAAACUUUUU